CUCCCCCUGGGCCCUGGCCGUGACAUUGACAUCAUUGUACUUGCGUGUGUAUCCAUGAGUGAUGAUCAACCAGUACAUUAAACUCUGGCAAGGUUCCUUUGACCCCUCCAAGCUAUUUGGCUACAUAUGGGCCUUCUCCAGCCACAACCAUGCCAUCAUGUCGACCUGGGAGGUGUCGUUUGUCAAGGUCUAAGCCAAUAACUCCCGUGUUGCGGAGAUGCUUAUGGUUUCCGGGUUCUUCGUGAACUAUGGAGUUCCCCUCAGCCGAACCGAGAGCGCGUCGUCCAAUACCGAAGUGGACGUAUUACAGUUCUUGCAAAACACCACCACGCUGCAGGAAACGCUCGGACUCCUGAGGUCCCUUACGCUCGUCUAUUUGAACGGCACCAUGUUGUCACACUACGCCCGUUGGUUCACGAAUGGAUUCAAGUGCGCCUCAAGAAGAACGAGCUCGCUGUGAAUGAUGGCGCUACGCGUCAUGUCAUGCGUUGGUCGCUGGCGCGUAUCCUCAAAGAUCGCUCCGACAAGCCCGAUUGUUUGGAACACACUUGCCUCGCUCUCAGCGCCGCCGAGCGCCACUGUCUUCCCCAGAAGGCUGUUCAUGAGGAGUUUUACUUCCAUCUACUAUGCAUUCUUGUUCACGAUGGUGAGAUGGUGGCCGGCGCCACGAGGUUUCGAGGGCGCGGGGUGGGCAACUCUUGAAUGCCUGCUCAUCCACUACGCGGGCAUAGUCGGCGUGAUGAAGGGGAAGAAAUGACGCCUACGCGCAAAGACGAGAUUCUCGCAACGUUGUUGUCUUUCAGGUUAAUUUCUUCCGCGAAAGAAACAUGAAGUAUUAAUAAUUCCAGGACC